CCCCGCGAGCGUUCCCGGGAGGAGGCGGAGCGUGUGUGUCUGCGCGAGUGAGUUAAAGGGAGGCUGGAGGAACUGGGAGCAGCGGCGGCGGCAGUAGUAGCGCGGCCAGCUCCCAAAGCCCGGCCGGUCCCGCUCCUCUGCUCCAAAGGAAGCGCGGAGGCCGAGCGCCGAGGCGGCUGGAGUUGCUGCUGGCAACCCCGCCACCUCCUCCUAUCGCGUCUCCAUUCAUAGCCGAGGCAGACGGGAGCUCAAUGGGCUGAUUCCCUGCGAGACCAGCAAGGAGGCGGCGGCGGCGGCGCCUCCAAGCAACAGCAGCAGCAGCAGCAGCCCGCGUAGGCCUCGGCUCCGGCCAGCCGCUCCGCUUGCAACCUUCCAGGCAUGAACAGCUGAGAAACGGAACACGGGGAGAAGAACUGCUUUCUGUGCAGUGUUGCAGGCAAACGUCUGGCUUCCAUUGCUAGCUCAAGGGCCCCUCUGUCAUUAUGAAUGAAGUUGCGAUAGUGAAAGAAGGCUGGCUCCACAAGCGCGGGGAAUACAUUAAAACAUGGAGGCCAAGGUACUUCCUGUUGAAGAAUGAUGGGACAUUCAUUGGUUACAAGGAGCGGCCACAAGACAUGGAACAACGAGAAUCCCCCUUGAAUAACUUUUCAGUAGCUCAGUGCCAGUUGAUGAAGACGGAGCGACCUAAACCAAACACAUUCAUCAUUCGAUGCCUGCAGUGGACUACAGUAAUUGAAAGAACGUUUCAUGUGGAGACUCCAGAGGAGCGGGAAGAAUGGACAAAAGCCAUCCAAACAGUAGCAGACAGCCUUAAGAAGCAAGAGGAAGAAAUAAUGGAUUUUAGAUCUGGUUCUCCCAGUGAUAAUUCAGGUGCUGAAGAAAUGGAAAUUUCUAUGACGAAACCAAAACACAAAGUCACUAUGAAUGAAUUUGAAUAUCUUAAGCUACUGGGAAAAGGUACUUUUGGAAAGGUUAUCCUGGUGAAAGAAAAAGCAACUGGGCGGUAUUAUGCUAUGAAAAUUCUGAAGAAGGAGGUGAUUGUUGCAAAGGAUGAAGUGGCACAUACACUGACGGAAAACCGCGUUUUGCAGAACUCUAGGCAUCCUUUCUUAACGGCUUUGAAGUAUUCCUUUCAGACGCAUGACCGCUUGUGCUUCGUGAUGGAGUACGCCAAUGGUGGAGAGCUAUUCUUCCAUCUGUCAAGAGAGCGCGUCUUUUCUGAAGACCGUGCCCGGUUCUACGGGGCUGAGAUUGUAUCAGCGCUGGACUAUCUACACUCAGAGAAGAAUGUUGUUUAUAGAGAUUUAAAGUUGGAAAACCUGAUGCUGGAUAAAGAUGGACACAUAAAAAUCACAGACUUUGGGCUAUGUAAAGAAGGGAUCAAAGACGGAGCAACGAUGAAGACUUUCUGCGGCACCCCGGAAUACCUUGCACCAGAGGUGCUAGAGGACAACGACUAUGGCCGUGCAGUGGACUGGUGGGGCUUAGGAGUCGUCAUGUAUGAAAUGAUGUGCGGGCGGCUCCCAUUCUACAAUCAGGACCACGAGAAGCUCUUUGAGCUCAUUCUCAUGGAAGAGAUUAGGUUUCCACGCACAUUGUCCCCUGAAGCAAAGUCUCUUCUGUCAGGCUUGCUGAAGAAGGAUCCAAAACAAAGGUUAGGUGGCGGACCAGAUGAUGCCAAGGAGAUUAUGCAACACAAAUUUUUUGCUGGCAUUGUAUGGCAAGAUGUAUAUGAAAAAAAGCUGGUACCACCAUUUAAACCACAGGUGACAUCUGAAACGGACACACGCUAUUUUGAUGAAGAAUUCACAGCACAGAUGAUCACUAUCACCCCUCCUGAUCAAGAUGACAAUAUGGAUUGCAUUGAUAAUGAGCGGCGACCGCACUUCCCCCAGUUCUCUUACUCCGCCAGUGGAACGGCUUAAUGUUUCAUUUAUCCAUUCACAGGAACCAAUCAGACUGCAUUUUGGGGACCUUUAAUUUUGACGGACACUAGAGAUCUCUCUAUGAUACAUGAAUUGCAAACUAUGUUUGUACUACAGUUUAGUUGAAUUUGUAGGAAGCCUCACAGGUUGUAUAUUUAAAACAAUCCUGAUGCAUUUUUGAGUUGGAAUCUCUGAUGCAAUUUUGAGGAAGAGAAGAAUCCAUUCGUAGAACGCAAUUUAAAAAAUUGGGGGGGGGGGCUUUUUCUUCUGAAAAAUGACCUUUUAGGUUUUUAAGAAUAUGCACCGAAAUGGUUUUCUUUCCAGAAGUUUCAGAUUUUCAACAUAACAGCAGCAAAUCAUUUAAGAAAAAAGACCUCAUUUUUAUUUAUUUCACAUUGUUCAUUAUGUAAGUAGAGAACCUGCACUCUGAACAAUUAGAUUUAUUUAGGAUGAGAGAUGACUUAGAUAGUGCAAUAAUAUGAGCAACACCACACAGAAAAAGCCAAAUUCUGGAGAUGCAAAGGUUCAGCCUCCAUUUGGACAGCAACAAACGUCAGCACCUCUAGGAAACCAGUUAUAGGAAUGUCAGUAAUGGCCUCAAUGAGGUAAAAUCAAAACCAAGAGUUCUGUUACCACACCUGCUUACAAGACGUUACAUACUUACAUGCCAAACAGUGCUGAAUGGAAUCUGAUCCAUUUUCUGUGGUAAGCGGUAUUCCACUGAACACAGUGCAUUUUAAUUAUUUGAGUAUAUUUGGCUAGGACUGACGUUGCCAAAUUUUGGCAGGUGUACACAGGUGAUUAAUCUUGUUAAGGCCCUGUUGAAACCAGUGGAAUUGGCACAAUGGCCUUGCUCUGCGCACCAAGGUUUCUCAGGCUAUAUUCUCGUCCCAGAGUUUCUUGGUAGUUGUGCCUUUGAGGAAUGAGCCAAGUUGCAAAAUUGACCAACGUGUGUGUGUGUGGGGGGGGGGGGUAUUUCUUUGUAUUAAAAGACAAAAAUCCAACAACCCACACACAGCACUGUUAAGUGAUGCAACAUCUUACCAAACAAGUUCACAGUCAACAUUUCCAGCACUGAAGCAACGGCUUUGUUCAUAUAUUUAUAAAGACAAUUCUAAAAUAGCAACGUGAAACGCACAUCAAGGUCACAUCUAUGCGUUUCUCACUCUCUUUAGUGUACAUUUUUAAAGAUUACUGGGGGUGGGGGAGCCCAAUGGUGCCACCUACAUUUGGAGCAAGGGUGGGUAAGUGGCCCUCUGGAUGUUGCUGGAUUACAGCUCCCAUUAUUCUUGACCACUGGCCAUGCUGGCUGGGCUGAUGGGAGUUAGCAUCUGGCAACUUCUGGAGGGCAACAAGUUUUUCAUCCUUGGUUUGGAGGAACUUCCCUCAUUGGCAGUUGCAGCUGUGUGUAAAAGAAAAAAUAGAAGGAAAAAAAGAGACCUUGGUGUGUUCAAGAAAAGAUGGUGUUCAAAAAGUGGUGUUUUUUCCUUCCAUGCUUUUCCCCCUUACCAGUUUUGUUUUGUAUUUUCAUAGAAGCCACCUCAUUCUGAAUCUGCCAAAAUAGUCUUUUUGCCUUUGACGCGGGCCAGAUUUUUAAGCUCUCGCUUGUGCCGCGAAUGAGUUUAUUCAGUUGUGGCUUUAUGUUCUUUUAGAUAUGCUUUUUGUUUCUGUUCUCUUAUCUGUAUAAAAUUGAUUAAAUAUACUGCAGUUCAUUAACUUUUUUUUAUUUGAAAGGGAAUGUAUUUAAAAUAUCCUCACCUUUCCCCCUACAUGAAAUCCUAUCAUUUUGUGCGUGUUUGGUUUUUUUUUUUACAACAUUCAAGUAUUUUUACUUAUGAUAUGAAAUUUUCCCUCAAAAUACUUCAAUAAAAU